AUGUUGUCAGAAACACACGUGCACCUGGCAACCUUGGGUAGCGCGCACUGCACCCGGCCCACCACAGGAGUCGCGAACGGUUUUGUCCUGGUCUACAGGAUCUGUGACAGGGCCAGCUUCAACUCUGUCACCAAGCUGAUGCAGUCCAUUAAGGACUUCCAGGGCAUGGUCAAAGUGCCCAUAGUGAUCGUAGACAAUAAGAGGGACCUGAAUCACAUGCGAACAGUCCUCAGUGAGGAGGGCAGAAUGCUAACCCUGACAAUAGACUGCCAGUUCUAUGAGGUUUCAGAUGCUGAGAACUACCACAGUGUCCUCAUGGUGUUUCACGGACUAAUAGACAGGAUAUGGGAGUCCAAGUCUGCCAUCAAGAAGCAAGCUGGAAUUAAGGGCAUUGUGAAAAGCAUGUCUGCAGUUUUUGCAAGGAGACGAACAGAUUCACUGUGAGACUAUGGCACAGGGAGGAAGACAUUGUAUACUGUAAUCAAUGUAUGCAUAGGUCUGACAUGAGUUGUUGUAUGAUGUCUGUGCUCUG